AUGUCCACCCCGGCCAAGGUUACAUUCACUUCUCGCAGCUACAAGCUUGCAGGCCACUUCUACACUCCUGUUAUCGAUUCUCCCGCCCGUUCUGGAGCUGCUGUCGUCAUUGCCCACCCUUGGACCUCAGUCAAAGAACACUCCCCUACCCACUACGCCCGCGUCCUUUCUCAGGCCGGCUUCUAUAGCCUCGCCUAUGACGCGGCCUACCAAGGGGAAUCCGAAGGAGAGGCCCGCUACCUCGAAGACCCCGGUCAGAGGGUUGAGGACAUCAAGUCGGCGGUCACGUACCUCUUUAGCCGCGGUGAAAACGACUCUGAGAAAAUCGGCGUUCUAGCACCAGGCGGCUACGUCUCCUUCGCAGCACAAACCGAUCUCCGAACCAAGGCUGUCGCAAUCUCUGCCGGCGUUUGCUCGGGCACAAUGGCGCGCCGCGGUCUCGACAAGGACGGGUCCAACCUUGAUAUUCUCCGCACCCAGCUCGAGGCCGCUGCGAGAGACCGCAACAGCGACGUUACGGGAGAGAAGGUUGACAUUAUCCACAUUUUACCCGAUGAGUUCGACCCGGCCACCGCCCCUACCGAAAUGCCCGAAUCUUUCCGCGACCUGGCUUCGCCGUUCUUGGCAAUUACUGGCACCAAAGCUGCUUUGAAGUGGUAUAGCGGGGAUGCUGUUGCAAAGGCCAAGGAGCCGAAGGAGCCGCUCGUUGUUGAUGGACUUACCCAUGCCGACUUGUAUGACAAUGUGGAGGUUGCCGGCCCUAAGCUCAAUGAGUUCUUCGGCAAGUAUCUUGUCCAAAGUAGAUGA